AUGCCGGAUUCCAGGCUGGUGAAGAUGACCAACGAGGCGCAGGGCCGCGUCUUUGCGGCGCAGCAGAAGCUGCUGGGCGACAAGGAGUUCUUGCGCAGCAACUGCCGGGUGACUAUGGCGGUCGAGAACAUGGCGGUGAAAGACGAGAAGAUGAGGAAGAUGAGCACUGCACCGGGUGAGGACGAGCGGAUCGUCAUGGAAUUCGCCAACGAGCGGGACCGCCUCAAGAAAGAGGCCAGCGACAAGGCGGCGGAGCUCGACGCCAAGACGCCGAAGGCGAAGGUCCCGGCGGUCCGGCGGCGUUGA